AAACCCCAUUUCAUUUCACUUUGCCUAAAGAAGGUGAUAUUAUCCCACCAUUGACUGGCGCAACACCACCUCUUAUUGGGCACCUAAAAUUGGAGCCCAAGAGACAUAGUACUCCUAUUGGUAUUAGCAACUAUCCAGAAAGCACCAUUGCAACCAGUGAUGUCAUGUCUGAAAGCAUGGUGGAGACCAAUGAUCCCAUACUUGGGAGUGAAAAAGAGGAUUCUGGGACUGUCCCAGAAAUGGAUGGUAAACUCUGUCUAAGAAUGAAACUGGUCAGUCCUGAGACAGAGGCGAGUGAAGAGUCUUUGCAGUUUAGUCUGGAAAAGCCUGCAACUGGAGAAAGAAAAAAUGGAUCUACUGCUGUUGCUGAGGCUGUUGCCAGUCCCCAGAAGACCAUGCCUGUGUUUAGCUGCAUCUGUGAAGCCCAGCAAGAGGAUGAGGCUCGAGGUGAGGAUCUUCCUGCUGCACCCAUUAGGGGGAACUUGCUCCACUUUCCAAGUCCUCAAGAAGAAGAAGAGAAAGAAAAACUAGAUAGUGACCAAAGGCUAAGGGAGAGUGAACAGCCUGUGAGGCCCAUGGGUCCAAUCAAGGAUCCUACUGCUUCUGUUUCCCAGCAGAGGACCACACCAGGGCCAUCUAUCCCUCAACGAGAAGCAAUGGAGACAGAAAUGCAACAAGGCCAGAAAGGAUGGAAUGCCAAUCGAGAAAAAUCUAGCAAGGCCUUAAUUGAAAGACCCACCCAAAAUGUAGGAAUUCAGACCAUGGAGCAUUCCCUUUGUACCCCAGAAACUGUUUCGGCAGCAACUCAGACUGUAAAGAAUGUGUGUGAGCAGGGGACCAGUACAGUGGAGCAGAACUCUGGAAAACAAGAUGCCACAGUACAGACUGAGAGAGGAAAUGGUGAGAAACCAGUCAGUGCUCCUGGUGAUGAAACAGAGUCACUCCAUAGCCAGGGAGAAGAAGAGUUCGAUAUGCCUCAGCCUCCACAUGGCCAUGUCUUGCAUCGUCACAUGAGAACAAUCCGUGAAGUACGCACACUGGUCACCCGUGUCAUCACAGAUGUGUACUAUGUGAAUGGAACAGAAGUAGAAAGAAAAGUAACUGAGGAGACUGAAGAGCCAAUUGUGGAAUGUCAGGAGUGUGAAACUGAAGUUUCCCCUUCACAGACUGGGGGUUCCUCAGGUGACCUGGGGGAUAUCAGCUCUUUCUCCUCUAAGGCGUCUAGCUUACAUCGCACGUCAAGCGGGACAAGCCUUUCGGCCAUGCACAGCAGUGGCAGCUCAGGGAGAGGAGCCGGACCACUCAAGGGGAAAACCAGCGGGACAGAACCCGCAGAUUUUGCCUUGCCCAGCUCCCGAGGAGGCCCAGGAAAACUGAGUCCUAGAAAAGGGGUCAGUCAGACAGGGGCACCAGUGUGUGAGGAGGAUGGUGAUGGAGGCCUUGGCAUCAGACAGGGAGGGAAGACUCCAGUCACGCCUCGUGGGCGUGGGCGAAGGGGCCGCCCACCUUCUCGGACCACUGGAACCAGAGAAACAGUUGUGUCUGGCCCGUUGGGCAUAGAGGACAUUUCACCCAGCAUGUCGCCCGAUGAUAAAUCCUUCACCCGAAUUGUGCCCCGCUUGCCAGACUCCACUAGACGCACAGACAUGGGUGCCAGUGCUUUGCGGCGUAGCGACUCUCCAGAGAUUCCUUUUCAGGCUGCUGCUGCCUCUUCAGAUGGCUUAGAUGCCUCUUCUCCAGGGAACAGCUUUGUAGGGCUCCGUGUUGUGGCCAAGUGGUCAUCCAAUGGCUACUUUUACUCUGGGAAAAUCACACGAGAUGUUGGAGCUGGGAAGUAUAAAUUGCUGUUUGAUGAUGGGUACGAGUGUGAUGUGUUGGGCAAAGACAUUCUCUUGUGUGACCCCAUCCCACUGGAUACUGAAGUGACAGCCCUCUCGGAAGAUGAGUAUUUCAGUGCAGGAGUGGUGAAAGGACAUAGGAAGGAGUCUGGGGAGCUGUACUACAGCAUUGAAAAAGAAGGCCAAAGGAAGUGGUACAAGCGAAUGGCUGUCAUUUUGUCCUUGGAGCAAGGAAACAGACUGAGAGAGCAAUAUGGACUUGGUCCAUAUGAGGCAGUUACGCCCCUCACAAAGGCAGCAGAUAUUAGUUUAGACAAUUUGGUGGAGGGUAAGCGGAAACGACGCAGUAACAUCAGCUCCCCAGCCACUCCCACUGCCUCCAGCAGCAGCAGUAGUACAACCCCUACCCGCAAGAUUACAGAAAGUCCUCGUGCCUCUGUGGGAGUUCCCUCAGGCAAAAGAAAACUUCUCACUUCUGAAGAGGAACGGUCCCCUGCCAAGCGAGGCCGCAAGUCUGCCAUCGUGAAGCCUGGUGCAGUGGGGGCAGGGGAGUUCGUGAGCCCCUGUGAGAGUGGAGACAACACAGGAGAACCUUCUGCCCUGGAAGAGCAGAGAGGGCCUUUGCCCCUCAACAAGACCUUGUUUCUGGGCUAUGCUUUUCUCCUCACCAUGGCCACAACCAGUGACAAGUUGGCCAGCCGCUCCAAACUACAAGAUGGUCCUACAGGAAGCAGUGAGGAAGAGGAGGAAUUUUUAGAAAUUCCUCCUUUCAACAAGCAGUACACAGAAUCCCAGCUUCGAGCAGGAGCUGGGUAUAUCCUUGAAGACUUCAAUGAAGCCCAGUGUAACACUGCCUACCAGUGUCUUCUAAUUGCGGAUCAGCAUUGUCGAACCCGGAAGUACUUCUUGUGCCUUGCCAGUGGGAUUCCUUGUGUGUCUCAUGUCUGGGUCCAUGACAGUUGCCAUGCCAACCAGCUCCAGAACUACCGUAAUUAUCUGUUGCCAGCUGGAUACAGCCUUGAGGAGCAAAGGAUUCUGGAUUGGCAACCCCGUGAAAACCCUUUCCAGAAUCUGAAGGUACUGUUGGUGUCAGAUCAACAACAGAACUUCCUGGAGCUCUGGUCUGAGAUCCUCAUGACUGGGGGGGCAGCCUCUGUGAAGCAGCACCAUUCAAGUGCCCACAACAAAGACAUUGCUUUAGGGGUAUUUGAUGUGGUGGUGACGGACCCCUCCUGCCCAGCCUCGGUGCUGAAGUGUGCUGAAGCAUUGCAGCUGCCUGUCGUGUCACAAGAGUGGGUGAUCCAGUGCCUCAUUGUUGGGGAGCGAAUUGGAUUCAAGCAGCAUCCAAAAUAUAAACACGAUUAUGUUUCUCACUAAAGAUACUUGAUCAUACUGGUUUUAUUCCCUGCUAUUGUGAGACUGUGUUUUAACCAGGUUUUAAAUGUGUCUUGUGUGUAAUUGCAUGGAUCUUGUACAUAGUUUUAUUUGCUGGACUUUUAUGAUAAAAUAAACAUUGAAUCUCUUUGGUUGUAGUAA